AUGGCCGACCAGACAUCUGCUCCCUGGAAAGAAUCUGAGUCUAAGAGCGGACAGAAGUAUCAGGUUUCUGCCUCUCACUACGAUAUCACCGACCAGGGUGGCGACGCCCCUGCUGCCAACGGUCCCCCUUUCAAUGUCCAGGUUGAUUGGAGACUUAACACCGAGGGCUCACCCUCUCCCGAGAUCCGAAACAAGACGGGCAUUACCUACUACAAGCUCGAGGAGGCUCCCUGGUACUCGGUCAAGAAGUACCGCCUGACUAUAUCCACCACUGACUCCUACAACUAUACCUUCUUCGACAACGAGCCGGAUCAAUAUGGCCUGAAUGUCUUCCGAACCAAUGGCCUGCACUAUGUCGAGUAUAACUCCAAGGACCCCAGAAUCACCAGCAUUACCGGCAAAUAA